AGAGGACCCACGACGUCACCGCAGCGCUAUCGAGCCUCCAGCCCGCCCCCCGUGCGCCUUCCUUUUCCUCCUGUCCCGUGACGCGGCGGCCCGGCGGCGUCAGUGGACACACUCACACGCGCGCUGCGGCCCGGCCUGCGCCCACCCCAGCAUGGCAACUCUCGCACGCCUCUCCUCGCGCCUGCGGUUCUGCGCCUCCGCCCUCCCCUCAGCGGGCGUCUGGUCCAAGGGAUGUAUUUGCUACUUUUCAACUAGCACACGUCACCAUACCAAAUUUUAUGCAGACCCAGUGGAAGCGGUAAAAGACAUUCCUGAUGGUGCAACAAUACUGGUUGGUGGUUUUGGGUUAUGUGGAAUUCCAGAGAAUCUUAUAGGAGCUUUGCUCAAGACUGGAGUAAAAGGACUAACUGCAGUCAGCAACAAUGCUGGGGUUGACAACUUUGGUUUGGGCCUUUUACUUCGAUCCAAGCAGAUAAAACGCAUGGUCUCUUCCUAUGUGGGAGAAAAUGCAGAAUUUGAACGACAGUAUUUAUCUGGCGAAUUAGAAGUAGAGCUGACACCACAGGGCACGCUUGCAGAGAGGAUUCGUGCAGGUGGGGCUGGAGUUCCUGCAUUUUACACCAGCACAGGGUAUGGGACCCUGGUGCAAGAAGGGGGGUCACCAAUCAAAUACAACAAAGAUGGCAGCAUUGCCAUUGCCAGUAAGCCGAGAGAGGUGAGGGAGUUUAAAGGUCAGCAUUUUAUCUUGGAGGAAGCAAUCACAGGGGAUUUUGCUUUGGUGAAAGCCUGGAAGGCAGACCGAGCCGGAAACGUGAUUUUCAGGAAAAGUGCAAGGAAUUUCAACUUGCCGAUGUGCAAAGCUGCAGAAACCACAGUGGUGGAGGUUGAAGAAAUUGUUGAUAUUGGAUCAUUUGCCCCAGAAGACAUUCAUAUUCCUAAGAUUUAUGUACAUCGCCUUAUAAAGGGAGAAAAAUAUGAGAAAAGAAUUGAGCGUUUAUCAAUCCGGAAAGAGGAAGAUAUAAAAACCACAUCUGGUAAACCUGCAGAUAAUGUCAGGGAACGUAUCAUCAAGCGGGCAGCUCUUGAAUUUGAGGAUGGCAUGUAUGCCAAUUUGGGCAUAGGAAUACCACUUCUGGCCAGCAACUAUAUCAGCCCCAAUAUGACUGUCCAUCUGCAAAGUGAAAAUGGAGUCCUGGGUUUGGGUCCAUACCCAUUAAAAAAUGAAGUUGAUGCAGAUCUAAUCAAUGCAGGCAAGGAAACAGUUACUGUUCUUCCAGGAGCCUCUUAUUUCUCCAGCGAUGAAUCAUUUGCAAUGAUUAGAGGGGGACAUGUCAAUCUGACAAUGCUAGGAGCCAUGCAGGUUUCCAAAUAUGGUGACCUGGCUAACUGGAUGAUACCUGGAAAGAUGGUGAAAGGAAUGGGAGGGGCUAUGGAUCUAGUGUCCAGUGCCAGAACCAAAGUAGUGGUCACCAUGGAACAUUCUGCAAAGGGAAAUGCACAUAAAAUCAUGGAGAAAUGUACAUUACCUCUAACAGGAAAGCAGUGUGUCAACCGUAUCAUUACUGAAAAGGCUGUGUUUGAUGUGGACAGCAAAAAGGGUCUGACUCUAAUUGAACUCUGGGAAGGCCUGACAGUGGAUGACAUAAAAAAGAGCACUGGGUGUGAUUUCACAGUUUCACCAAAACUCAUACCAAUGCGGCAGAUCUCAACUUGAAAUGUGUAGUAAACCGUUGUUCUAGGCCUUGUGCUCUUCAUUUCAACCACAUAGGAGUUUAUUAGAAGGACAUCAGUAAUCAUAAUUGUAUAUCUUACAGUUUUUGUCUAGUUUUCUUCUAGUAUCUUAGUGCUUUUAUAGCCAUACAGAUUUUGUUCUCUCCAGCGUGCUAUGGCACUUUAAUGAAUAACCAAAAGGAAAAAUAUAUAUGCUUAGCUUAUUUGUUUUAUAAGUGCUGAUAAGGUCAUAUUUACAGUUGGUGCUCACAUUGGAUUUAUCUUCAUCUUCUGUGGUAGGUACAUUAAAUUGUGCACAAUUUGUACCAAGAUGGGCCCUUAGGGAGAGUUUCAUUGGUAUACUUUCCCUCCUAACUAAAUCAUGACAUGUAGAAAAAAAGGAGGGAGGAGAAGAACUCCACUCAGAGUAUACCCAGGGCAGCAUUGUUCUAGUUCUAAAAGAUAACAUUUGUGUGGAUUGAAUUAGGAGAAAUGUUGUCUUAAAGAUCAGGUUUUUCCUUUAGCCUUCUCUGUCUUUUCUUUUGGAGCCUCUGACUUUGUGAUUACAUCUUAGUGCAUCCCUUCUCCGUCCCCACUUUUGGUAACUAAAAUAAAUGCCCAAGAAGGCAAACAGGAACAUCUCUGUGUGAGAGAAGUAACCUGGUUUGUGGGAGAGACUGAAGGGUAUAGAGUCUAUUGGUGCUGACAUCCAACCAAGAAGUUGCCUUUAUAAACAAACCAAAUAACUACCUGUGCUUUGCCAAAGAUGACAGUUUUUUUUGUUUGUUUUUUUUUUUUUUUUAAGGAAGACGGCUAUAAACCUAACUGAUUAGUCAGUUUUCUCAUUUUCAAACAGUGAAGUAUUCCUGUGUAUCCAGAAGGAUCCUUAGAAGUCUUUCUCUAUGGUAUUGUGGGCUUCUUGUAUAAUACCUCCUCUUAAGGUAAGAGGAGCUGUAGGGUAAUUUAUCAUGAACCUGCAGUAACAAUGACAGGAGAGGUUUAGUUGUUUUUUUUUAAGAAUUCUUUCUUUUCAGGGUCUCUUUUUUCUUCUUGGGAAAGUUUCUAAAUAUUGAAUGCCUUUUUCUACAGAACAGUGUUCUUUCUUCUGCCCAGGAUUCUUCCUUGAACAAAAUACUUUUUAUUCAGCUUUAUCAAACUAGGGAAAAUAACGAUGAGCAAAUCCAGGAUUUGAAGUGCAGUGAACUUCAUCCUUAGAAAAUAAACGUGGUAGAUUAGAUUUUGUAAGGACCUUCUCCUCCGAGGUAUCCUCAGUUAUCAAACAGUUCCCCAGGGGGUCUACCAAGCAUCCGGGGUAUCAAAUUGGAGAGAAGUCCAGGCACCCUGAAGACAGGCCAGAUUGCUGUCCUCUGGACAGAGGUAGGCAAGCUGCAGUGCAAUGUAUCAUUCCUCUCAUCCCAGACACAGGCAUUUCUGCGAGUUUUUAGCUAAUGGCUGUCAUUAAAUUCACUUUCUCUUCAGAUACAGCUACAGUUCUGUCAUUUUAGAGGAAGGAGAGGAGAAGCACACUCCAUAUAUAAAAUGGUCUUUCAGGCUGGCUGCGUGUUUGAAAGCUUCCUCUCCCAAUACUGGUAAAAUGGACUUUCUAGAGAAUUUUAAUGGUCUGGAGAAUAAUUUACAUCCGUGUUAGAGUUAUGGUUUGGAAAAUGUAUGACAUUGAUGGUUGCUGUAUUUGUAAACUUACUUCUGUGAUUCUAAGAAAGCUCCUCAUUUGAGUGGCAAAUUCUAAGUAGAUGACUUUAUAUUCUUGAUUACAGAGUACCAUAGGUGUUAGGAAAUGCAUUAAGAACUACAAUAAAUAUUCCAAAUGGAUGUC